AUGGCAAACGAUCAUUGUUCUGUAAAUUGCUGUACUAACGACAAACGCAACGAAAGUGGAAAGGAUUUGUCGUUUUUUAACUUUCCCUCAAACAAAACACAGGGAUCGCAGUGGAUUGCCGCAAUAAAGCGAGAUGAAGGACCACAUUUUGAGGUUAGUGUGACAUGUGACGAGCCGCGACCAGCGAGCUGUCAAACGCAAGAGUUUUAUUUGUUGCCGAUAUUGAAAAUUUUUAAAUUUAAGACUCAGUUAGCCCACUCCUUAUUCAUGAAAUAAUUACUCAAUACAUAUCCUGAUAAAAUCCAGUCAAUUAAUUAACCUCAACCAUUAGAUUCAAGCGCUUUUGGCCGAAGCUGUCAAUUUAAACGCACGUGGAACUGGUUUGUUUGUUUUCAUUGACUUGAAUAUGGUCAUUAAUAUUCUGAGAUUCUCCUGGAGUUUUUCGAUUUAAGACUCAUUUGGUCCGCUUCUUAUUCCAGAAAUAAUUACUCAAUACAUAUCCAGACAAAAUGUGCAGUCAAUUUAUCGAACCUAGAAUAUUAGAUUCAAGCGCUUUUGGCCAAAGCUGUCAAACGCACGUGUAACCGGUUUGUUUGUUUUCAUUGACUCGAAUGUGGUCAGUAAUAUUCUACGAGAAUCUCACUUGUUAUCAGCAUUUUAAUUUGGAGUUUUAAACUUUGUUUCCUAGAUCAAGAAAGGCUGUACUCUAGUGUGUUCUGCUCACUUCAAGCCAAGUGAUAUGUUUAAAAGUAUAACAGGGAGAACACGCCUUAAAGCAGGAGCUGUGCCAUCUCAGUUUCAAUGGACCAAGGCCUGCAACGAACGCUCCAAAAAUAAACUACAAAAUUUAAAAGAAAUAAACGAAAUGCAAGCACAGGAGGAGCGACGACAAUCAAUUGUCGAUUCAUUCUGCCAGGAUGUUGAAUUAAAGCAAGUGACUGAACAAGUGACAGUGCAGGAAGCCAGUGCUGGCGCUGAGCCAAUGGAAGAAAUGAAUGCUGAACUGGAAAACGAAAACAUUCAACCUGCCGAACUGAGUGCAGAGGAACAAAUUGAAAUCCUUAAAGCCAAGAUUUCGAGGAAGAGGUGGAAGAUCUCAAAGGAUCCAGGUUUGGAGCUGAAAAUAUUUCCAAGGAUCCUGAAUUGCUGUCAUUUUACACAGGCUUUGUAUCAAAAGAACGAUUCGAUAGCUUUUAUGGCUGGGUUGAACCAUAUGCAAAAACUAUGA